AUGUGUUCAAGAGAUGGUAUAUCCCAGAAGGCUAUCCUGCAUUGCAACACUAGCAUGAUGGGGUCAUCCUCGCGCCCGUCCUCCAUGAUGUGGAAUGAAGGCACAGUGGAAAAGAAGGAGGUAGCUCGCACUGGCAAGCCAGAGCGCACCUCCUUCAAGUGUUUCCAAUGCAACAAGACAUUCCCAACCCAGCAGGCCAUGGCUGGCCACUGCAGCGCCCACACCCGGGCUAGCUUCCGGAAGAGGGCGGUUGCUAGACACACCAAUCAGAUCUCUAAUGCUCCUGCCAGGGUUUCCUUGCCUCGCAACCCUCCACGGGUUCCCCAACAUCAUAAUGUUGAUGCCAUCCACUUUUGGUGUUCGCUGGACCAUAUCUCAACCAGGAGCAACCCUGUGUUGCCACUAGGUAUAAGGUAUGUUCCGUAUGUUCGUCCAACCAGCAACCAAGUGAUGGUGACGGUUCCAUACCUUGAUCUAAAUCGUCAUAGUACCAUGAAACCAGUGAUGAUGGAUCCAACUAGAAAUCCUGCAUUAGAGCCUCUAGCACCAUCUCCUAGCAUGCCAACAUCCACACUGCUUGGCUGGAGAGCCUUUGUCCCUAUCUAUAGUAUGCCAUCCUAUGGAGUUAAUGUUGCUCCACCCAGUGAUGCUUUGUCCUUGACGAAUACACCAAAACGCACAGAAACUGAUCUGACACUCCAGUUGGGAUCUGGUAAUAAACACACCCAAAAGAGGACACUACCUUUGCUCAAGUCACUAAUAAUGGCAUCAAACAUUCGGCAAGGUGCCAAUCGUAGAUGCAAGCUGGCAACAGAUGGUGUUGAUCAAGGUAACAUGGGGGAAAGUCAAGCGGACGGCUUAGAUCUGGAGUUACAUUUGUUUCGCUAG